CCCAACUCAACUCAGCUGAGUUGGCACAGUUACGCUCGAAAUCCUUUCCGUCUCUCAUCUCCAUUAUCUCUAAAAAAAUGUAAAAACUUCACUGUAUCAAUCUUUCACCAUAAUGGCGCUUCCCCUCCUACCAAACCCUAGCAAAACCUCUUCAGCGCCCGGCUAGUGGACGCUGCUCCUCUCUCUAACCUUGUACGUUGAUCCUAUUUAUCUAUAGUCGGUUUCUUAAUCAAGAAUUUGGAUGGCGUCAACGCCACCGCACUGCUCAAUCACUGCAACCAAGCCUUAUCAGAACCAACCUUACCCACAGAAUCACUUAAAUAAUCACCGUCAAAGCCACCACCAGAACCCCCAUCGUCGCUGGACUAAUCAGAAAGUUGCUCUUGCUAAGCCUCCUCUAUCUCCCUCCCCCCGCAAUGCACCAAAACCCAGUGCUUCCACCGCCGCCACCCCUCAUACCCAGAAUCCUACCUUCCCUUCUCUCUCCACUCUUCAAUCACAGAAAUCUGAGCAUGCUGCCGAUUUUUCGGGUCGCCGCUCCACCCGAUUCGUAUCCAAGCUCCACUUUGGGCGUCCUAAGGCCACUCUCAGUACCCGCCACACCUUAGUCGCAGAGGAAGCUUUGCAACACGUGGUCCUGUAUGGGAAAGAUGAUAAGGCCCUGGAGAAUGUGUUGCUCAAUUUCGAGACUCGGUUCUGUGGCUCUGAUGAUUAUACUUUCUUGCUUCGGGAGCUUGGAAACAGAGGAGAAUCUUCUAAAGCUAUCCAAUGCUUCGAGUUUGCAGUGAGAAGAGAAAAGAGGAAGAACGAGCAAGGAAAGUUAGCUAGUGCCAUGAUCAGUACUCUUGGUAGAUUAGGUGAAGUGGAGCUUGCAAAGGCAGUGUUUGAGACUGGUCUUAGAGAGGGUUAUGGUAACACUGUUUAUGCUUUCUCUGCUUUAAUUAGUGCUUAUGGGAGAAGUGGUUAUUGCAACGAGGCUAUUAAAGUGUUUUAUUCAAUGAAGGAUUAUGGGCUGAAGCCGAAUUUAGUCACUUACAAUGCUGUGAUUGAUGCGUGUGGAAAAGGGGGUUGGGAGUUUAAGAAAGUAGUAGAGAUCUUUGAUGAAAUGCUGAAAAAUGGAGUGCAACCAGACCGAAUUACAUUUAAUUCACUGCUUGCUGUGUGUAGCAGAGGGGGGCUAUGGGAGGCAGCAAGGAGUUUGUUUGGUGAAAUGGUGAAUAGAGGGAUUGACCAAGAUGUGUUCACUUAUAAUACGCUUUUGGAUGUUCUUUGUAAAUGCGGGCAAAUGGAAGUGGCUUUUGAGAUCAUGUCUGAGAUGCCUGCCUCGAAUGUAUUGCCUAACGUUGUUACUUACAGUACUAUGAUUGAUGGAUAUGCUAAAGCUGGUAGAUUAGAUGACGCUCUUAAUUUGUUCAAUGAAAUGAAGUUUCUGGGGAUUGGUUUGGAUAGAGUUUUAUAUAAUACUUUACUUUCUGUUUAUGCUAAGCUUGGAAGGUUUGAGGAGGCAUUGGAUGUUUGUAAGCAGAUGGAGAAUUCUGGUAUUAGGAAAGAUGUUGUGACUUAUAAUGCGCUUCUUGGUGGGUAUGGGAAACAGCGCAAGUAUGAUGAGAUGAGGAGAGUGUUCAAGGAGAUGAAAGGGGCGUGCAUAUCACCUAAUUUACUAACUUAUUCAACCUUGAUUGACGUUUACUCAAAAGGUGGUCUAUAUAAGGAAGCAAUGGAAAUUUUUAGGGAGUUUAAACAGGCAGGCUUGAAGUCUGAUGUUGUUCUUUAUACUGCACUUAUAGAUGCUUUGUGCAAGAAUGGGUUAGUGGAAUCUGCUGCUACUGUACUUGAUGAGAUGACUAAGGAGGGAAUUAGGCCAAAUGUUGUCACUUAUAAUUCUAUAAUUGAUGCUUUUGGCCGGUCAGCAACAGCACAAUGUGUGGUGGAUGAUGCUGGUGAAGCCAGUGAAUUACAGGUUAAGUCUUCAUCUUCAAUAAUUGUUCAGGAAGUUCAGGAAUCUAUUCAAAGUAAGGUGACUGAUAGGGACGACAGUAGGAUCAUAAAGAUUUUUGGGCAGCUUGCUGCUGAGAAGGAAAGUCAAGAAAACAACUGUGGCAGGCAGGAAAUUAUGUGCAUUUUGGGUGUCUUCCGGAAGAUGCACGACCUGGAGAUCAAACCAAAUGUUGUCACAUUCUCUGCCAUUUUAAAUGCUUGCAGUCGAUGUGACUCCUUUGAAGAAGCUUCAAUUUUGUUGGAGGAACUUCGAUUGUUUGAUAAUCAGGUUUAUGGUGUAGCGCAUGGAUUUCUAAUGGGUUACAGAGAAAACAUUUGGGUGCAGGCUCAGUCCCUAUUUGAUGAAGUAAGGUUGAUGGACUCUUCAACAGCUUCUGCCUUUUAUAAUGCUCUGACUGACAUGCUAUGGCACUUUGGUCAGAAACGAGGCGCCCAAUUGGUAGUGCUUGAAGGGAAACGUCGGCAAGUAUGGGAGAAUGUCUGGACUGAUUCUUGCUUAGAUUUGCAUCUCAUGUCUUCUGGCGCUGCUAGGGCGAUGGUUCAUGCAUGGUUGCUGAACAUUCGCUCUGUUGUGUUUGAGGGCCAUGAAUUGCCAAAAUUGUUAAGCAUUCUGACUGGAUGGGGCAAGCAUAGUAAAGUAGUAGGUGAUAGUGCACUGAGGCGAGCUGUUGAGGCACUUCUAAUUGGCAUAGGUGCACCCUUUCGGUUAUCCAAAUGCAACUUAGGUCGAUUUACAUCAACGGGAUCUGUUGUUGCUGCCUGGCUAAGAGAAUCUGGCACACUAGAAGUUCUUGUACUUCAUGAUGAUAGAACUCAUCCUGAAAAUGUGAGGUUUGGUCGGAUCUCUAAUUUACAGAUGCUUCCCUUGUAGCUGUUUGUAUCAUGUUUCAAAUUCUUGUUGCCCUCCGCUGUAACAUUUUCAUAUAUAUUUCAUUUCCUUUUCUCUC